AUGUUUGGCCAUUACCAUUUGAUACCCACAGAUGACUCUGCGUGGGCUAAUUUGCUUCCAAGGAAGAUUUUGAAGGAAGACGAUGAAUUUAGUUGGAUGAUGAUGUAUAAGAAACUGAAGAACUCAGGUGGGGUUGAAGGGCCUGGGGGUUUUCUUAAUGAAGUGUCACUGCAUGAUGUGAGAUUAGACCCAGAUUCAAUUCAUGGACAGGCUCAGCAAACAAAUUUGGAAUAUUUGUUGCUGUUGGAUGUUGAUAGCUUGGUUUGGAGCUUUAGGAAAACUGCUGAUUUGCCAACUCCAGGCAACCCAUAUGGGGGCUGGGAGGCCCCGAAUUGCGAGCUUCGUGGUCAUUUUGUAGGGCAUUACAUGAGUGCAUCAGCACAAAUGUGGGCUAGCACUCACAAUGAUACUCUCAAAGAGAAAAUGUCUGCAGUGGUUUCUGCUCUCUCUGCUUGUCAGGAUCAAAUGGGUACAGGGUAUCUUUCUGCUUUCCCAUCUGAGCUAUUUGAUCGUUUUGAAGCUAUAAAACCCGUAUGGGCACCGUAUUACACAGUUCAUAAGGUAUUGGCAGGUCUUUUGGAUCAGCAUAUAUUUGCCAGUAAUGCUCAAGCUCUAAAAAUGGUGAUAUGGAUGGUUGACUACUUCUACAACCGUGUACAAAAUGUCAUAUCAAAGUAUACAAUCGAACGACACUGGUUAUCAUUAAAUGAAGAAACUGGUGGCAUGAAUGAUGUUCUCUAUAGGUUGUACAGCAUAACGGGAAAUCUGAAACAUUUAUUUUUGGCUCACCUUUUUGACAAACCCUGCUUUCUAGGUUUGCUUGCAAUAAAGGCGGAUGAUAUAUCUGGUUUUCAUGCCAACACACAUAUUCCCGUUGUUGUCGGAUCUCAAAGGCGGUAUGAAGUUACUGGUGAUCCAAUUUAUAAGGAAAUAGGGACGUUCUUCAUGGAUAUUGUCAACUCUUCUCACAUCUACGCAACAGGAGGGACAUCAGUUAGUGAGUUCUGGUCAGACCCAAAGCGAUUAGCAACCACUCUGCAAACGGAGAAUGAAGAAUCCUGUACAACCUACAAUAUGCUAAAGGUCUCUCGCCACCUGUUUAGAUGGACAAAAGAAAUGGCAUAUGCGGAUUAUUAUGAACGAGCUCUAACAAAUGGUGUCUUGGGCAUUCAAAGGGGAAGGGAACCCGGAGUGAUGAUCUACAUGCAUCCACAUGGCCCUGGACGCUCCAAGGCUGUAAGCUACCAUGGAUGGGGAACAAAGUUCAAUUCUUUUUGGUGCUGCUAUGGGACAGGAAUUGAAUCAUUCUCAAAGUUGGGAGAUUCUAUAUACUUUGAAGAGGAGGGAAAUGUUCCAGGUCUUUAUAUCAUCCAGUACAUAACAAGCUCUCUUGAGUGGGAAUCUGGACAGAUUUCACUAAGUCAGAAAGUAGAGCCUGUCCUUUCAUGGAAUAAUCGCCUUCACGUGACUCUGGCAGUUUCCUCAAAAGAGAUUUCACUAAGUCAGAAAGUAGAGCCUGUCCUUUCAUGGAAUAAUCGCCUUCACGUGACUCUGGCAGUUUCCUCAAAAGAGCAAGGGGCAGUCAAAUCUUCUACCUUGAACUUGAGAAUACCACUUUGGACAUACACAAAUGGUGCAACAAAGGCCUCAUUAAACGGUGAAGAUUUGUCUUUACCACCUCCAGGUAAUUUCCUAUCGAUAACUAGAGAUUGGAGCCCUGGUGACAAAAUCACUCUUGUGCUGCCCAUAAGUCUUAGAACAGAGGCCAUUAAAGAUGAACGGCCAGAGUUUUCUUCUCUUCAGGCAAUUCUUUAUGGUCCCUACCUUCUUGCUGGACUGAGUAAUGGAGAUUGGGACAUUAAAACAGAAUCAGCUACUCAUGUCUCAGACUGGAUUACUCCAAUUCCAGCUAACUACAAUUCCCAUCUGAUUACUCUUUCCCAGGAAUCUGCGAACUCGGAAUUUUCCCUCACAAACUCUAACGGAUUGAUAAGAAUGGAAAAGUUUCCUGAACCCGGCACCAAUACUUCUGUCCAUGCCACUUUUAGACUCAUCUUAAAAGAAUUGAGUUCCUCACAAUUUUCAGCACCAAAAGAUGCUAUUGGAAAAUCUGUCAUGCUAGAACCAUUUGAUCUUCCGGGCAUGUUUGUCGUGCACAAAGGAACUUAUGAAAACCUUGAAGUUGCAGAUUCCUCUGGUGACGGUAGUUCUGUUUUCCUUUUGGUUGCUGGAUUGGAUGGGCAGGAUGAAACUGUUUCCCUAGAGUCUGAAAGCAAGAAGGGUUGUUUUGUGUAUAGCGGUGUGGACUAUAAAUCGAGUACAAACAUCAAGCUCAGAUGCAAAUCCGGGUCAUCUGAUACGGAAUUUAAACAGGGAACAAGCUUUACAUUGAAGGAUGGAAUUAGUCAGUAUCAUCCUAUUAGCUUUGUGGCAAAAGGAGCGCGGAGAAACUUUCUUCUGGCUCCAUUACUUAGCUUGAGAGAUGAAUCUUACACAAUUUAUUUCAACAUCACAUCCUAA